CGAAGGCGGCGGCAGCGGCAGGCUCGGCGGGGGGCAGAGCCAAGAGGCGCGGCGGCGGAAGAGGACCGAGAGGAGGGCGCGGAGCAUGCGGGGGGCUGCGGGCCUGCCCGCAGUGAAGCCCGCCGCGCCCAGGGCGCAGGGAGUGGCCGUCGCCUCCCGCGCGCACCGCGGCUGAGAUGGCGGCGGCGCGGCCGAGGCGCGCGGAGCCCCCGGGGCAGGGCCGGCCGGGCGCGGGCUGACAGCCCCGCGGGCCCGGGGAGCUCACGCGGCGGAGCGCAGGCCCGGGGCGGCCUACGGCGAGCGGCGAGGGCCGGCGGGGAGGAGCGCGGCCGCGAUGGCGAACGCCAGUGAGCCGGGCGGCGGCGGCGGGGCCGAGGCGGCCGCGCUGGGCCUCAGGCUGGCCACGCUCAGCCUGCUGCUGUGCGUGAGCCUGGCGGGCAACGUGCUGUUCGCGCUGCUCAUCGUGCGGGAGCGCAGCCUGCACCGUGCGCCUUACUACCUGCUGCUCGACCUGUGCCUGGCCGACGGGCUGCGCGCGCUCGCCUGCCUCCCGGCCGUCAUGCUAGCUGCGCGGCGCGCGGCGGCCGCGGCGGGGACGCCUCCGGGCGCUCUGGGCUGCAAGCUGCUGGCCUUCCUAGCCGCGCUCUUCUGCUUCCACGCGGCCUUCCUGCUUCUAGGCGUGGGCGUCACCCGCUACCUGGCCAUCGCGCACCACCGCUUCUACGCCGAGCGCCUGGCCGGCUGGCCGUGCGCCGCGAUGCUGGUGUGCGCCGCCUGGGCGCUGGCGUUGGCCGCGGCCUUCCCGCCGGUGCUGGACGGCGGUGGCGCGGACGACGAGGACGCGCCGUGUGCCCUGGAGCAGCGGCCCGACGGCGCCCCGGGCGCGCUAGGCUUCCUGCUGCUGCUGGCCGCCGUGGUGGGCGCCACGCACCUCGUCUACCUCCGCCUGCUCUUCUUCAUCCACGACCGCCGCAAGAUGCGGCCCGCGCGCCUGGUGCCCGCCGUCAGCCACGACUGGACCUUCCACGGCCCGGGAGCCACGGGCCAAGCGGCUGCCAACUGGACGGCGGGCUUCGGCCGCGGGCCCACGCCACCCGCCCUGGUGGGCAUCAGGCCUGCAGGCCCGGGCCGCGGCGCCCGGCGCCUCCUGGUGCUGGAGGAGUUCAAAACGGAGAAGAGGCUGUGCAAGAUGUUCUACGCCAUCACGCUGCUCUUCCUGCUCCUCUGGGGGCCCUAUGUGGUGGCCAGUUACCUGCGCGUCCUGGUGCAGCCUGGCGCUGUCCCGCAGGCCUACCUGACAGCCUCGGUGUGGCUGACAUUCGCGCAGGCUGGCAUCAACCCCGUGGUGUGCUUCCUCUUCAACCGGGAGCUGAGGGACUGUUUCAGAGCCCAGUUUCCCUGCUGCCAGAGCCCCCAGGCUACGCAGGCCACCCUCCCCUGCGACCUGAAAGGCAUUGGUUUGUGAGGCGCGCUCUGCCACCCAGGCUCCCUCUGGCUUCGAUUGUGACCGCGCUUCUUCCCCUUCUGUCCCGUGUCUGGUUUUUCUCCGCUGCCUUCACAAGACUCUCAAAGUGGACGCGCACUUGGAUUGUACAGACUCCUGUUCUGGGGGGCGGGGGAGGGGAUGCCGAGGUCCAGUUCCGUCCUUCUAAUUAUACUUUCUUCCUGGCCGUAGGCCCUGCAGUCUUUUUUGUACUGGUACCGACUUAUUUUCUUCCACGUAUGAUUUUUUUUUUUUAAAUAAAGGCUACACUGGUUUUAUUCAUGCAAAGUUUCCUAGAGACCAUGGCCAGUUUUCUACAGAAGCUAUUUUUGACAACCUCAAGUGGCAUUACCUUUGCAUUGCAGUGAAGGAGAGGGCUAGGGGAUCUUCUAUUGGAGAUGGAAGAGAGACGAAGUUGUCUGAAGUCCCCUCUGCAGGCCACAGGACUAGGUGUGCUGUGUACCUUGUUUGGAAGUGUGGGGAACUUUUCCCAGCGCUGACACUGAACUUUAAGAGGAAAUGGGAAUGGGUAGGAAGGCAGUCACUUUGGAAUCAGUUAACGAGCAAGGUUUGGAGCCCUGUUUAUUUUACUUUAAAAACGACACAUUAGCAACAGCUGUUCUGUAUAUCAAUCUUGAACGGAAUCUUUCUGUGGGACUGUGGCUUUUAAACGGUAUAAAGUGUUUUGGAUAGUAAUGUGGAGAGAAAAAAAAAAGUUAUUGCAUGUGUUUGUGCUGAUCGUGAUUUGCGGAUGGGGCGGGCUCUGGAGGGCAGAGAACCACAGGUUGGUUUGGGUUUGGGGUUUGGGUUUGGGUUUUUCCUCCCCCCCAGUAAAAAGUUAAAAUACUUUUGUGGAAAUGGCUUGUGCUUUGAUAAGCCCAGUUUUGCUCUGUCUUAUGAAAAUAAUUUACACUCUGAAGACUUUUGUCCAUGGUAAAAAGAAAUGGGAUAUAAAUGGUGCCUCUCCCAGGAGACAAAACGUUUUUCCUGUGGUGUUUGCUGAGUUAGGUGGUGCUGUUCUCUUGAUGGCUGAUUUCAAUGAUUAAUAAGAACUAUAAUUUAAAACACUAUCUCUUUGUUAGACAUUGUCAUUUGGAACCGAAGGACUACAUUGCAAGUACUGUAUAAUACUUUUUGCUUAAACUGCUAUGUUUUUAUUAAUGUAACUUGCGUUUUGGAGAUUUCUAUCUGUACUUCUCUUUGCAUUACACAAAUACACCAGUAUUUUCCUUCUGCA